AAUGACUCAAGUGAGAAUAUUAUGAUGGCCGCCUUCACGAUGGCAAGUGAUGAUAUUAAAGCUACGUCACCACUUAAGUCAAGUAGCCAACGCCGGCCCAAGAUAAAGCAGCAUGUUUCAACAUGCACAACCACCAAUGAGGUGGGUACCCUUACACUCCCUAAUGUGGAUAGCUCCACACUAACAUUGAUGGAAAUUGAAAGCAAUUCCAAGAAGUCCUCGGCUGCCUGUAGCUCACUCAAGUCCGAGUUUAAUCCUUCGCUUAGUUUCUCGCUAGAAAAACAGGAGCUGCAUAUUAUUAACGAGCGUCUUAAUUAUCAGAAAGACAACACUGGUGUUCUAGACGACGAUGAGGAUAGCAAGAACGAAAAAUUGUCACCGCUGCUCUCAUCAGGAAUGAAGAUCAAAAAUACCUCAGGCAAAUCGCUUAAACUAGUUGUGGAUACUCUCGGCGACAGCGACGGCGAGGAUAUAGUAAAAAACAUACAAGUUAAUGAUGCAGCAGUCACCGUUAGCAUUGGUGGUGAAUGUAAUGAUUUGCAGGAGUCCAAUUCGGAAAAGAUUUCCUCGUUAAAGCAUGAUAGGCAUAGGACCGAGUCUGCUGAUUGUGAUGCGCCAGCGAGAGAUCCAUGCUUAUUAGUAGCCAACUUUAGUGCCGAGGACUCUGAUUACUAUACACCUGAUGACACCCAAAACACUAUACUUAGUCCAUUGUAUCCAUCCGACCGGGCUAAAAGAGGUGAUCCUUUAAGUUGCAGUUGUGUUGUUUUAAAUCAGGACAUGAACAUACCCAACGCUUCUGCGUUGGGUUAUAGUACGAUGGUAAAAGGGAGUCAAAGUUUACAAAAAAAAUCCACAUCUGCGGGUAAUAUUGUUGGACCUACCAAUGAAGCCUCUCCUUACUGCGGUGUUGACUUAAAGAGCAAUAAUGUCAGCUCACUUCCGGAUAUGCUCGAUAGUCCAAUUAGCGGCAACUCGGCUUCUACACGCAGCUCAAGUGACAGCUACUCAUCCAGUUCAUCAACCAAGCAGUUGCUUAGCUUCAACACGACCACUACAGCUGCCAAUAUUAUUGUAGAUGACAAGACUGCAGCUCAGAAUGCAGUCAACGUUUAAAGAAAAAUUCCUUAAUACUUUAAAUCUAUUCAUAUAAUUAUACUGGAUUAUCUAUGUCUAACACCAAAUUUGACUAUACAAAUAUUAAUUAAACAUUACAUAAACAGCAAGCAGAUGCACAUUUAAAUUAAUCAA